AUGCUCCACGACGGUGUCCACCCGUUCGGGAGCGGCCCGCGCGCCGACGCAGCCGCGCGCGAUGCCGCCGCCGGCACCUCCUGGGCGGGGGGUGCCUCCGACGAAAUCUCGGCCGCCGUGCGCGCAGGCGGCGACGCGGACGCGGGCAUGGCGGUCGCAGGGGCGCUGGCGCGCGAGGCGCAGGUCAUCGACAAGGGUGACGGAGAUGGCAUCGACUUGGACAUGGACGUGUUGGGCGACCACGACAGUCAAGAUCAGCCCGAGCACUUCCGGGUGCUCCAGGAGAAGCAGGAGGACCGGACUGGUACAACUACGACAUCUAUGCCCGCGUCUGCAUGCUCUACGGAUCCUGCCACUUCCUGUAUGCGGUGA